GGUGGCCGGGGGCGGAUGAAGAAACGGGGCAGCGGGGUGAUCGACAACAUUCUGGCCCAGGACGCCGUCGGUGGUGGAUCCCCGCCACAGCUCCAGCCACCGCAGCUGGCCGAUCUGCGGCAGACGCGCGAACGCAAACCGAACAUCAUUCUGAUCCUGACCGACGAUCAGGACGUGGAGCUGGGAUCGCUCAACUUUAUGCCGCGCACACUGCGGCUGCUGCGGGACGGUGGGGCCGAGUUCCGGCACGCCUACACGACCACCCCGAUGUGCUGCCCGGCCCGGUCCUCCAUCCUGACCGGCAUGUACGUGCACAACCACAUGGUGUUCACCAACAACGACAACUGCUCGAGCACGACCUGGCAGACGACGCACGAGACGCGCUCGUUCGCGACGUACCUCUCGAACGCCGGCUACCGGACUGGGUACUUUGGCAAGUACCUGAACAAGUACAACGGCUCCUACAUACCGCCGGGCUGGCGUGAAUGGGGUGGACUCAUCAUGAACUCCAAGUACUACAACUACAGUAUUAAUAUGAACGGGCAGAAGAUUAAGCACGGGUUCGACUACGCCAAGGACUACUACCCGGAUCUGAUCGCGAACGAUUCGAUCGCGUUCCUGCGCCAGUCGAAGCAGCAAAACCACCGGAAGCCGGUCCUGUUGGCGAUGAGCUUCCCGGCCCCGCACGGACCGGAGGACUCGGCCCCACAGUACAGUCACCUGUUCUUCAACGUCACCACGCACCACACACCAGCGUACGAUCACGCACCGAACCCGGACAAACAGUGGAUCCUCCGCGUGACGCAACCAAUGGAACCGAUCCAUCGGAAGUUUACCGAUUUGCUAAUGACGAAGCGCCUGCAAACGUUACAGAGUGUUGACGUGGCGGUAGAACGGGUUUACCAGGAGCUAAAGACCCUGGGCGAGCUGGAGAACACCUACAUAAUCUACACGUCCGAUCACGGUUACCAUCUCGGGCAAUUCGGAUUGAUUAAGGGCAAAAGCUUCCCGUUCGAGUUCGACGUACGGGUUCCUUUCCUGAUGCGUGGUCCCGGCAUCGAACCCGCCACGAUUAUUGAUGAAAUCGUCCUCAAUGUGGAUCUGGCACCGACCUUCCUGGACAUUGGAGGCGUUGCUCCACCGCCGCACAUGGACGGACGAAGCAUUCUGCCGCUGGUGCUGAACCGGCACCGCACGGUACUGGACAAGUGGCCCGACACAUUCCUCAUCGAGAGCUCCGGUCGGCGGGAAACACCGGAGCAGAUUCAGGAGCAAAAGCAACGCGCAGCAGCCGCACGCUACAGUGCCCGGUUCAACCUGUUGAACGGGAACGGAACGGCCAAGAAGCCGGAACCGGAAGUGUUGGUCGAAAGCGGCCGUCAGUCAACGUUGAGUGCCUCCAGCGUAGCGGUGCUCGAGCACAUCGAUACUGGCGAUCGCAAAGAGUUGGAUUUUAGCUCUCACGAGCACGAGGAUGACGAGGACGAGCAUGAUGAGGACGAAGACGAUGAUCAGCAUGCCGCAAUGGAAGGUGAAACCGAUACGAUCGAUCAGAAACGAGGACGCGAGCUUCCCGAGGACUAUGUGAUCGAUCAUCAGGAGGCGCAUUCCUUCGACCAAUCACCACCUCAGCAUGAUAUCCAUCAUCAGCACCAGCAAAACUUGGACAACCAUUUAACGCCGUUCCGUUCGAAGAUGGACCGCCUGAACAUUGAGUGUGCCGAUCCGGCUCUGCAACAGAACUGCGUUCCCGGCCAAAAGUGGCAGUGCAUCACCGAAGACGGCCGGUGGCGAAAGCACAAGUGCAAAUUCCACGGCCAACUGCAGCAGCACCUGGCGGAGAUUCAUAAGAAAGCGGGUCCAUCGACCAAUGGUCGCAAUUGUGCCUGCUUUACGCCGGACAACUUUUUCUACACCAAAAUCAAAACCAAACGCGAUCACACAAAGUGGCAACCGGCGGCAACCGGUGGUCACCGAGCGGUGCACCACCAUCGGCGCCGGGGCGGCCGUCAGAAGCGAUCGAUCGCGGAAGAGGGCGACGAGAUACUGCUGAUGGAGGCGAAGGGACCGGCAAUGGAGUCUCUGUUAGAGAUCGCUGCCCAAAUCGAUGAUCUGCAGGCGGCACUGGUGCAUGCGGAGGAGAGCGAAGGCGGCAAAAGGACUAAACGAGAUGCUAGCUCGCCGUCACCGUCCCUGAACCACCUGAAGGGAGUGGUCCACGAACUGCAGCAACAGCUAACGGAAAUAAUGGAGAUGAUUGUGGAAAAUGCCACCCAGCAGAACGAUACGGUCGACGGGCAGGAAGGGCAUGGGAUCAUGGGUAGCGCUCCCUCGAAGCGUUGUUUUGUAGUUACCGCGGAUCGCAUCAACUGCACGAGUGUCGGUGAUGAGCAGGGCUGGAAGCGCAGCCGCAUGACGGUGGAUCAGUUGAUGCGCGUGCUGACCGAAAAACGAAACGAACUAAGAACCUUCAAACGAACGCUGCGUGUGCAACGGCCGUCCGGUUCCCACGGAGAGGACUCGCAACCUGAGGAGGACGGCGAAGAAGAGGAAGAACUGCCCGAUAGUGGUCCCAUCGAGCCCCUUUCGACGUCUACCACUUCAACGGAGGCGCCAUUAAUGUCCUCCAGCACGCUGGGACCUUCGAAGGUGAUGGAAACUACCGAAUCGGGAGACAACAACAUACCGCGAAGGCCGUCGCAUGGAGGAGCAGUUCGACGACCUCCGGGAAAAUUCCACAACGGCUACGGACACCGGCGAAAGGUUGUGAAGCCAACGCCGGCCGUUGUAGAGGACGAAGACGGCAGUGGGCCACUGAUUGAUGCGAGUUUAUUUAGCACGGAAAGACAACCCGUGCUAAGACCGGCCAGUGGACAAGGAUCCCUCAAUCGUACCGCUCAAGGAGGAGGACGUCAUCGUGGGCAAAACCAGCGUACACCACCGCGGGGACGCCAUCGGGGUGAAGGUGCGACGGUGUCGACGUCCACUACCACCGUUUCAACAACCGAGUGGGGGUCCAAUACCGAUGGUCGGUGGGAUGUGAGGAGCGAAGAGUCGCAAAACACGUCACGAACUAGCACCGAAGGAGAUGACACCUCAGCGGGAACAAUGUCAAACCGGGAGAUGCCGAGCACGACCGAAGCUUUCGAAAGCCACCACUCAGCCAGUGAGGAAAAUAGUUUCUCCCAAAAUGCUAUCGAUGCGACCACAGCAUCGACGACGACAACCACGUCGACGGCAGACCAAAGAACGACACUCUACGAUAGUGGCAGUGGCAGUGAUCGUAAAAAUGUUGUCGAUCGUCGUAAGGCGGUCGGCAAGGAUCGUCCUUCCGGCGUAAACCGGACCCUGGAGACGCAGUACAGUGGCAACUCGGUGCAGCAGAACGCGAUUCCGACUGCGGCCAUCGAUGCUACGCUGCCGCCUACCGAGUGUUAUUGUGCCGAAGAGACGGAAAGCCCACAACCGGACGAGAAGGAACUGGCCCGCGAAACACGCCGUCGGUUGAAGGAAGAGCGCCAGCGAAAGAAGGAACGGAAGCGCAUUAAGAAGGCCAAAAUGGAGAAGGAGUGUUUGUCGGAGCGAAUGAAUUGCUUUAGCCACGACAGCAACCACUGGCGGACGGAGCCGAUGUGGGACGAUAAACCGUUCUGCUUCUGUAUGAACGCCAACAACAACACGUACAGCUGCCUGCGUACGAUCAAUCAGACGCACAACUUCCUUUAUUGCGAGUUCACCACCGGACUGGUGACGUACUACAAUCUCCGGAUAGAUCCGUUCGAAACGCAAAACCGCGAGGCGUCACUGACGGCCGAAGAGAAGAUGGUGCUACACGAGACUCUGGAAGAGAUGAAGCGUUGCCGGGGUAAGAGUUGCACCUUACCACGGUACCAGCAACCGAACGCGCUACCGGAAAGUAAUCUGUUGCCUCCGGCCAACGGGUUCGGUUCGUUUGGCGUUCACACUGGUGGCCGCCAGGGCGGCGGAAAUACACCCUACGGUACCGGAAACGGUGGAACCCGCCGGAAGCAUCACAAUCACCGUGACCAUUCAACUCAUGGAGCUAGUGGCGUUGGUGGUGGGCACUAUCCGGUGGACUUCGAUGGUAGUCAAACGUUGGCGGGAGGCGUAGGUUUGGGAGGAAAUGCAAAGAAGAAGAACAAAUACGGAAAACGGAAACAUCACCAACAGCAGCAGCAGCACAACAACCGCCGACAGUUUGGCGAGCUAAUCUCGCCUCACGAGAACGACUUCAGUUUCGUGGGGACGGCCCCAAAUGGUGCAACGAAACGAAACCGAACCAGCCGACGCCCGGUUUGGCACACGAUCUACAAUGAGUAAACGCGGCAGCAUGGGACCAUCGAGUGUUGCCUAAAGAAGCAAGCCAAAUGAAAAAUUCGCUGAAUAUUUCGAACCGCAAAGGGUCCGGCCCUGCACAGAUGCCAGCUCGCUAAUGAUUCCACUUGAUGAUACACUGUUACCGCGGGACUGAACUUGUUUCGUGUUUCGCACUGUGGUCUUAGCGGUGUUUAGUCUAACCCAUUCGCCAAUCUGUGAGUGUUGUUUGUUUAGUGUUUAGUACCUCUCUGUUUUCCGUGUGAUCUUUGUCCAUGAUUUUAGUCUUUUUUUGAUGAAACACCUGUGUACAUUUAUCCGUGUAAUCAAUUUUGAAACACUUACGCUAUCUAUCGGUCACAAGCGUCGGUUUACACUGCCAUUCCAAUGCAAUCGUACGGCGUGGAGAAGUAGGAAAUAGUAAUCUCUCUAUGCUCUUCCUGUAUUGUAUUGACAAAAUGUUAGAAGGUGGGAACAGCUUUGGGCAGCUGAAUUAAUUUUUUAGACGCAUCGAAGGGUCAUAAAACAAGUCCUAUUCCGUUUAGGGUAACGAGAGAGAAAAAAAGAAGCAACCCAGUUUGUUUUUAUACCAUUUGUCGAAUUAUUUUAAUUUAGUAAAAUGUUAUUUCUCAUAUGUUGCGCGUAUGGGAGAGUUGUUGAUUAAAUUUUGCUAAUCGAACAUCAAUCUUGUCACUUUCUUUAGUUUGUUUUUUUACAUCCAGGCUUGCAGGCAGCUAUACAGAUAAUAAUAUAGACUAUGCUAGACAGGUUAUUGUACAUUUUUGCACAGUAUCACACGUGAUCGUUAGGCAGUCUACGGAAUAGAAAACGACGCUGGGUCGUCUAGAAGUUGGUACCUUUUAAGUAUUCACGAAAGGACACUAUCGGCUUUUGUAAAAUGUAUCCUACUUCGGCCCUUCAUACGCUUGUGGCUCUCAUACGGGCUGCUACUCGAGAAUAUCGCUAGGAGGACUAAAUUCAGAAUGCUUACAGGCAAUCUACGGUUGUUUCUUCGAUUUUUCUGGUCAACAACCCUUAGUGUGGCGCGGCAGCAAAUAUGCAGAAACCAUAUAUUUAUUGCUUUAGCAGGUACACGUAGGCAUGGAAAAUGCGCAUAACUUAAAGGCGAGCGAGACCAACAAGUAUAUAGGGGCGAAAAGUUGUCGCUGUGGAGAGGUUGAUGUAGCUCUAUGAACCGGAAGGCUAUCGGUUUUAGGGUGAAGCUGUGCCGUGCUCAAACAGUGGCUCCGAGUAUGAACAAAUGUAUCAAUUUAAUCCACGGCACACGCGCGACAUAAGCCAUACUCCCGACAACGCAAGCAACACAAAACGACGACGAGUGAAGAUGAGCAAACAAAUAAUCGUACGGAUAACAUAAAAACAAUAUGAUAGUAGUGCUGUAUACAGAAUAGUGAACAUAGAAG